UGUAUUUGAUAGACGGUUCUUGAUUUCAGUUUUGCAGAACAAGCUCUGCAAACACCGAUCGUAUCCUCUGGUGCAAGUGCACUACUUGUAAAGGGAUUGUUAAUAAUAUUUCCCGUCUGCGGAUAAUUCAAAGAACCAGGAAUUUAGGGAAGCCAUCACUUCGGAGAGGAUUCCAGUGGGUCUUCGAUCUGCGCAAAAGUACGUUGAAGACAGCAUGGUAUCAUGACCAGGGAAGGACGAAGCUCUUCGUUGUUUGCUCCGAUUAGUUUCUGCUGGACGUGAUGCCGUUGCGAGCGCUGCAUUUAGCCGUGUCAUUGGAGCGUAUGUUGGACCGAUAAUGCAGGGAAAUGGUGGAGUGAUGAGCCCGUGGUUGUCUGGUUGUUGUUCGGUUGUGGAUGGUGUAUGUUAACGGAGGGAUCUUGGUUGUUGAUGGUGGAUGCGGAGUGCGGUAGCGGGUGCCCCCGGACCCCCAGAUGAUUCCCUUCACCACCAGUGUGUGCUGGCCGCCGGCGCGAAAGGCCCCGCGGGAGGGACAGCCGCCGCCGCCGGCUCACUGGCGAUCUCAAGACGUCCUUGCUCACGCCCCAACGCCCAACUCCGCUCAGGCCACAGCGGACAGCCAAACGAUGUUCAGACCAAAUUCGCUCAUCAAAAGGAAUUCACAAGGGAUUCUGGAAAUUCGCAUACGAAGGGAUGUCGUGCCCUUCGGCUCACCGCGGGAUGAUGUCCCCCUGGCCCAGCUGGCCUCCGUGGCCGAGGAGAAGAUCCUCCAGCCGCAGGCCAGUCUCAUCGAGGAAGUCGAACAUGCCGGUCGCGCUGUGAUCUCAGGACGGUUCUUCAGUCUGCACAAGAACUACCAGCGGCGACGGUCGCGGUUCAAGUUCACCCGGCCGGAGAACGGCGUGCUGGUGGACGAGACGUACCAGGGUCCGGCCAGCUGUUUGUUGCAGCACGUGGCCUGCUGGAACUUCAACACCUUCACCCUGGACCACCUGACCAACGGGCGGGCGCUCUUCCACCUCGGCGUGCACCUCUUCGAGGAGUACGGCCUCGUCGAGCACUUCCGGCUGGACCAUCUCAAACUCAUGAAGUGCUUCGGUUUGCUGGAAGCCAGCUACCACAGCACCAACCCCUUCCACAACUCCAUCCAUGCCGCCGACGUGACGCAGGCGCUGCACUGCGUCGUGCAGCAGAGCGGCAUCCACCGGCAUCUGACCAAAAUGGAGACGAUGGGCGCGCUGUUGGCCGCGGCCGGCCACGACGUGGAUCAUCCCGGCGUCAACCAGCCCUUCCUCGUCGGGACGCGCAACUACCUGGCGCAGCUGUACAACAACAAAUCGGUCCUGGAGAACCACCACUGGCGCACCUCCAUCUGCCUGAUCCGCCAGUCCGGGCUGGUGGACCACUUUGCCCCCGCCGAGCAGAAGGAGCUGGAGGAUAUCAUGCGCACCAUGAUCCUGGCCACCGACAUCACCCGCCAGCCCGAUCUCAUCGCCCGGUUCAAGCAGCUGAAUGAUUGCCGGCGGCCGGAGGAGGUGCUGACCGACCGGGAUGAACGGCUGUUUGUCAUGCAAAUUGCUAAGUGCAGGUGCGCUGAGUGCAUCAGCCGUAUCUGGUCGCCCUUCAAGCAGGGCGACCGUGAGCGCCGUCUCAACCUGCCCGUGACGGCCAUCUGCGACCGCAAAACCAACAACCUCCCCCGCAUCCAGGUCGGCUUCAUCGAGUACGUGGUGGCCCCCCUGUUUCGCGAGUGGGGCCGCUUCAAUCCCGGCAGCGACCUGACCACCACCAUGCUGCGCAAUCUCGAGGUGAAUCUCGUCAAAUGGCAGCAACUGGCCAAGGAGUACGCCGAACGGCAGGCCGCCGAGGGCCCGGCCGGGCGGGAGGAUGCCGGCGCGCAGGUGACGGUGGCCGCGGUAGCGCACAAGACGCCGGUGGUGCAGAUUGUGGCCACGCCCCAGCCGGAAGAUAUCAAGGGCUGGACGUCGGAGCUGCCGGCCGCGACGUUGCCGUUGGUGCGGUCGACCAGUCGCAAGAGUAUCGGGGCUGGUGGCGGGAUGGCCAACAAGCGCCGGCAUAGUCUGCCGCCCACGCUGCACGAUAAACGUCCCAGAACCUCGCUGCACCGUGAGCAGUUCUCCAGUUCGUCGUCGUCGCGCGGCCGUCGGCACUCCAUCUUUAGCGAGACGAUCGUGCGCUUCUCCACCUCCGGCGACCCCUUCGUCGACCGCGUCAGCUUCUCCGUGGAACCCCCCUACCGCCCGCCCGACCUGCCCGGUCCCUCCUGGAGCACCGAGGACAUUGCGCCGCGUAUGUCCCGCAUCACCUCGCUGACCUGCGACACCGAGGUCAGCCGGGUGUCCACGGCGGUGACGGCCGACACCGACUCGGAGGGCGACGAGAUCGGGCCGGUGUUCGCGCGCGACGACGGCGGAGCACGAACCACGCAGCGGAAACUGCAGGCGCGGAUCAGCCAGAGCUUCGAUGAGGAGCCGUUCAUCCCGCCGUCGGAGGCGGAGGAGGACGAGGAAGAGGAGGAAGAGGAUAAGGAGAACUCCGGGGAGGGACCGCGGGAGGCGACGUUGUAUUACGACUGGAAUGCGCGCGGGCCCAAGUAUUUCGAGCGGAAGAUCAAGGAGGAAGAGGAGCAGGUCGAGUUGGCGCCGACGGAUGACGACCUGCCGCUGCCGCCGUCCCGCCGGCAUUCCAAGCCGCCCAGCCAUCCCGGCAUGAACCCCGUCAGCGCCGUGGCGGUGCUGGGCAAACGCGGCAGUGUGCCGCCCUUCCUGUGCAAGUACCCCGAACGGCUGCAGAACCGGCGCUGCUCCGAGCCCAUUGCGCUGCCCUUCCCCUUCCUGCUGGGCGGCCGCGACGAGGAGGACGUGGACGUGGACACGGAGGAGCCGGCGCCCAAGGCCUUCCUCAACCGCCGCCGCUGCUCCGAGCCGGUGGAUGUUCUCAGUACGUCGCAGCGGGUCUUCCUUGAAGGACUGCAGUCCCUGCAGCACUCAGUAUCCUCGUCGUCGGUGAGCGGUCUGGAACGGCCGUCCAGCCGGGCCAGUGAUAGCGAGCGGCGUCGGCGCAGCGGCAACUCCAGUCCGGGCGGGCCCCCCGGGGGCGGUGCGGCGGCCGGAGGGGGAUUGACGGCCGUGACGCCGUUUGUAUUCUUGUGAAACGGGAAUGGGAAAAACGUGUAUAAAGCCGCAGCGAACGCCUUGGUCGGGGACGGGAGAAUAAUUAUUUAUAAAUAAUUGAUGGGAAAUUCAUCCAUGAUUUUCUUGGACGGUUCGGUUGCUCCUUCUGAAACCCUGAUAAUACUCUUACCAAAAAAUCAGCCACGACGACGACACGAUGUACAAAAAGCGCGGGAUGCAUUUGUGUAUUUUGUACAAAAGAUGCACCGGCGACGGUGGGAAGAAUGGAUGGUCCUUGUACAAAAAAAGGGCGCGUUCGGCGCGCUCCUUGCAUUCCCGGGAUACGGUUGCUCCAUGGCGUCUGGAUGGUGUGUGCAUUGCGCGUGUGUGUGUGUGUUCGUGUUUUCCUCAGUGUGUCUCUUUCUGUACAAAAUCACAGUUGGCUGAUUGGUGUUUACUACACAACAAUUGUACCAUUAAUUCUGGGUUUUUUCUCUUCUUUUUUUUGUAAUGAUUUUUCCCUGGGGGAAUAUUUCUGGAUGGUGUUCUUUCGGCGGGGAUGUCUGGUUGUUGGGUUGUGAAUAGUCCGCUGCGGCGACUGGUUGACGAUUGGGUUUGAGUAAAGGUUGACAAUAUUGCUGG